AGAAAGACAGACGCAUGCACCAGGAAUCGAUUCGCUCUCAGCGUCAACCAUGGCCGGGCUGCCUCGCUUCGUGGGUCCCCUCGUCGUGCUCCUGCUCCUCGUCUCCCCCGCCCAGCCCACCCCCUACAGCGACAACCUCCAGGACGCGUGCAACAAGACGUUGUUCCCCAAAGUUUGCAUCCAGUCGCUGACGACCAACCCGGAGACCCGGACAGCGGACGCGCGCCGGCUGGCGGAGCUGUCCGUGUACGUGGCCAAGGAGGUGGGCACGACGGUGGCAGCGUUCGCUCACCACGAGCUCAACGGUAUCAAGGAUGACAACCUGUUCAAGUGCCUUGACGGCUGCUCCGACGACACUGAAGAGACAGUGGCGCACCUGAGCGCCCUCACCCGCGAGCCCACCAACGCCAAGUUCCUCGAGGUCAAGUCCUGGCUCUCCGCCACGCUGGGCGGCUCGUCCACCUGCGAGGAGAGCUGCAAGGACGCGCCCAUCAGCGAUGUCAAGAACGCCGUCGUAACCAAGAGCCUCGAGUUCGAGAAGCUGCUCCGCGUCACGCUAGACCUCAUCACCGAGGCGUCUGGAUCCAUGUCCGGCGACGUCGCCAUGCCGCCCACGGCGUGGGACGCCAGCGCUCCAGGAUCAUACGGCGCCAGCGCACCUGAGUCGUCCGAGAGUGUCAGCGCUCCGGGCUCCUCCGGCUCCAGCGCACCUGAGUCAUCUGACAGUGCCAGCGCGCCGGGCUCCUCCGGCUCCAGCGCAUCUGAUUCAUCUGACAGUGCCAGCGCGCCGGGCUCCUCCGGCUCCAGCGCACCUGAGUCAUCUGACAGUGCCAGCGCGCCGGGCUCCAGCGCACCCGAGUCGUCUGACAGUGCCAGUGCCCCGGGCUCCUCCGGCUCCAGUGCACCGGAUGCCGACGCACCAUCCAGUGAUGCGCCAGCGCCCUCGAAGGCAUCAACUUCCGAGGGACCAUCAGCUGACGCACCGUCCCCCUCCUAUGGUGCCGCCAGCGGGCCAACUGCCAAUGCACCGUCGUCAUCCUCGGACGCACCAACCUCCGAUGCACCGUCAGCCGACGCGCCGGCCCCCUCCUAUGGCGCCGCCAGCGGGCCAACUGCCAAUGCACCUUCGUCAUCGUCAUCAGACGCGGACGCGCCAUCUUCUGGGGCUGCCGACGCACCAUCAUAUGGUUCUGCCGGCGCACCAUCCCCGUCCGGCGCCGGUGCUCCUGAUGCAGAUUCGACGGAAUGAGAAACACGCACCCUGCAGUUGAUGCUUUCCUGCCUAGGCUGAAGUUUUUUGGUAUCGUGGGAUUCUAGAUUCUACCCGUUCUCUCGUGUUGCUGUGCACGCGAGAAGAUGCUGAUGCACUUGUGGUUUUAGGAUGUGUUUUGUUGAGGAAUCAAGUAGGAUCGAUGAAAUGUCAUGGUACAACUUCAAUGCAAUGGGUCGUUUU